AUAAAGCAGUGAUCGCUGGGAGACUGACAAUGAGGGAGACACAGCCUGGUGCAGCCACAGCGUGGCCCUCCUCCCACCCCCACUCACGUCUCUCUGUGUGAUUGAGUGUGUGUGUGUCUGUGUGUUAGUGUCUGUGUGUUAGUGUCUGUGUGUGUGUGUAAUGGGAGAGGGUCAGUGGGGGCUGCAGUAGGCAGGCAUAGGGCAUGGGCACAGGCUGGCAUUGCAUACAUGUAUAUAUGUGCCCGUAUAGACUGCACGACCAUCAGGCUGGAUCUGUGAGCAGAGGAGGAGGAGGAGGAAUAGAGGGAAGGGGCUGUCACGGAGCUGCAUGAAGGGGGGGAGAACUGGUUGGAUUUACAUGUUCCCCACGUCCUGGGCUGCCGGAAACUUUACCCUGGAAACUGGUCAUUGGGGCACAGCCUGGCAGGCGACACAAUGGGGUCACUUGUGCUGUGGAUCCUGCAGGAGUCUGGCCGGGGGGUUAUACCUGUGAAUCCCAAGGACAUGCUGCUGCUAUAGACAUAAUUGCCCUCCACUGAGAGUCUUGCUUUGACCGGGGGGGGGGCUGGAGGUGCCCUCGCCAUGGGGUACGCAGACCCAUCUGGGGGCAGGGACUUGCUGGGCAAUAGAACUUUGCUGUUCAUAUUCAUCUGCGCCUUUGCCCUGGUGACCUUGUUGCAACAGAUCCUGUACGGCAGAAACUACAUCAAGAGAGGGCUGCAGUUUAGAUGGCAGAAUGGAGAGGAAUUGGGAAAUUGGACCGGGAUCUUUAAUUUCACGGAUGACGGAGCAGUGAAGACGGGGAGUGAUGCAGGCGGCAGGUACUUUGAAUUUUACGAAGGUCCUUUGGACUUCAACUCAACCAAAUGCCUGGAGCUGCGUCGUGACAUCACCAACGUCAAAGUUCUCUCUAUGGUGAAAGAAUCCGAUCUGUUCGACAGAUGGAAAAGUCUUCAAGUCUGCAAAUGGGAAAUGAACGUGACGGAGGCGAACACUUUUAAAUCGGCGUUGUCGAGAUGUUGCAACGCCCCGUCCUUUCUCUUCACCACACAGAAGAACACCCCUCUGGGAACCAAGCUCAGAUACGAAGUGGACACGAGUGGUAUAUUUCAGAUUAAUUCUGAGAUAUUCAAUAUCUUCCCCAAGGACAUGCCUUACUACCGCUCCCAGUUCAAGAAAUGCGCCGUGGUUGGAAAUGGAGGCAUUUUAAAGGACAGUAAAUGUGGGAAGGACAUCGAUAGCACAGAUUUCAUCUUCAGAUGCAACUUGCCACCUAUAACCCAAAAAUAUGUGGAAGACGUAGGGAUGAAAACUGAUGUGGUCACCAUAAACCCAAGUAUCUUAACAGAAAGAUUUAACAAGCUGGAGAAGUGGAGAAGACCCUUCUAUGAAGUGUUGCAAGGAUAUGAGAAUGCGUCUCUGCUCUUGCCUGCCUUCUACAACACCCGAAACACUGAUGUCUCCAUCAGGGUCAAGUAUGUCCUGGAUGACUUUGAAUCCCAGCAGGCCGUCUACUAUUUCCAUCCCCAGUAUCUCAUCAGCGUUUCUCGCUUCUGGCUCAUGCAAGGCGUUCAUGCCAAGCGCAUCAGCAGUGGCCUCAUCCUAGUGACCGCCGCUCUGGAGCUGUGUGAGGAGGUGCACCUUUAUGGAUUUUGGGGGUUCCCCAUGGACCCCUCAGGGAACUUCAUUACUCAUCAUUAUUAUGACAAUGUUAAGCCGCGCCCUGGCUUCCAUGCAAUGCCUUCUGAGAUUUUUAACUUCAUCCAUAUGCACAGCAAGGGAAUCCUUAGGGUGCACACGGAUACCUGCUGAUUGAUUCUGCUUCCAUGCGCACUAAAUGUUUAUGUCCAUCAACCCAACUGAGUAUAUGCAAUAAAACUGCACAGGAUGAGGCCUCCAUGUGAGCUGGGGACACAUCAGCA